AUGGCUGACCAGUCACUUCCCUGGCAGCUGGUCAACGGCGACAUACGUGUCCAACACACACUCGGCGGAGCCCAAGUCGACAUGACCUGGUCCAGUAAAGUACCCCGACGCGAGUACAUCGCCACAUCGAACCUUGAGCGAAGCCUGGUCUAUUUUUUCGCCGGGCCAUCCAUCGAUAUCGCGGAGGCACUCCUUGAGCAAACCUCUGGGGAACUGGAGCCGAAAUUUCGCGACUCACUGGAAAAGCACUUGAAAGAACACCCGCAGCAAGUCGUGCAAGCGCUGGUAGAAUACCUGUCGCCGUGGCAAUUCACUUCUCUCCGGAUCAUCUGUACGGACCAAAGUUACUGGCGGCUUCCGGGAACUUACAUCCCCGAGUUCAUGGUGACUUCCAAAGAGAUCGUCUGCGAUCCCCUGUAUCCUCAAUACAACAACUACACGCCAAGGAACUUGCUGCAGUACGCCCAUCCUUAUGCGACCAAGGAGCAGUUGGAUGAUGUCAUGAAGCAGUACAACGACCAGUGGACAGAAAUGUAUCAGCAGCAGAACCAGGGUGUGGAGGAGACCUCUGCUGGUGGACGGAGCAUGGUCCAGUAUCAUUCAUGGUCCUUGCACAAUCAACGGGGUGGCCCCGCUCCUCCAUUCUCAGUGAUAUGGGGGUCCUCAGCGAUAUGGGGGCCACCAGCCUAG